GGCGGCUAAAAGAAAAGAAGACAACAAAAAAAUUAAAGGAGCGCUUAUUAAAUCAUAGUCCAUCAAGCCUCGGACCGGAUUUUUUUUUCAACCUGAAACUGAAGUAAAGGAGUAUUCUUUCGGAUAUGGGAUCUACCUUCAGGGUGUCCACCUGCCGGGCGCCGUAAUGGUUUCCCCCUGUCCCAGCUGAGCCCCUCGCUGCCCUCUGAAGGAGCAGGAUGACAAGAUGGCCCAGCUGCUUGCACCGCCCGGACCUGACAGCUUCUGCCCCUUCGGCCCCGAGUCGCUGGCCGCCAUCGAGAGGCGCAUCGCCGAGGAGGAGGCCCGGAGACCGCGGGCGCAGCGCCGCGUCGACGACGACGACGACGAAAAUGGACCCCGGCCCAACAGCGACCUGGAGGCGGGGAAAUCCCUCCCCUUUAUCUACGGGGACACCCCUCCCCGCCUGGUGUCCACUCCUCUGGAGGACCUGGACACCUUCUACGGCAAUCAGAAGACCUUCAUAGUAUUGAAUCGCGGGAAGACAAUCUUCCGUUUCAACGCCACUCCUGCCUUGUACAUCUUAAGCCCCUUCAACCCUCUGCGGAGGGUAGCCAUCAGAGUUUUAGUCCACUCGAUGUUCAGCAUAUUGAUCAUGUUCACCAUCCUGACCAACUGUGCUUUCAUGACCCUCAGUAACCCCCCGGAAUGGGCCAAGAAUGUAGAGUACACAUUCACCGGGAUUUACACCUUCGAGUCCCUCAUAAAGAUCCUGGCCAGGGGCUUCUGCGUGGGCAAGUUCACGUUCCUGCGGGACCCGUGGAACUGGCUGGACUUCAACGUUAUCCUCAUGGCAUAUGUCACAGAGUUUGUGGACCUGGGCAAUGUCUCAGCGCUGCGAACCUUCAGGGUUCUGCGAGCCUUGAAAACUAUAUCAGUCAUCCCAGGCUUGAAGACCAUCGUGGGCGCGCUCAUCCAGUCCGUGAAGAAGCUGUCGGACGUCAUGAUCCUCACCGUCUUCUGCCUCAGCGUCUUCGCCCUCAUCGGCCUGCAGCUCUUCAUGGGCAACCUGAGGCAGAAGUGCGUGCGCAUGCCGUUCGCCGCCAACGCCACCAACGGCAGCGGCAACGGCACCGCCGCCGCCGGCGAUGACGACGCGGCUCUCUACGCCGGCAUCCUGCUGGACGGCAACGCCACGGAGAGCCCCUUCAACUGGACGGAGUACAUCGGCGACGAGAGUAAUUACUAUGUCAUCACGGGCCAUCGGGACGCUCUGCUCUGUGGGAACGGCAGCGGCGCUGGGCUCUGUCCAGAGGGGUACUCGUGCAUCAAAGCCGGCCGCAACCCAGACUACGACUACACCAGCUUCGACUCGUUCGGCUGGGCCUUCCUCUCCCUGUUCCGACUCAUGACUCAGGACUUCUGGGAGAACCUCUACCAGCAGACUCUGCGCACGGCAGGGAAGCCCUACAUGAUCUUCUUCGUGCUGGUGAUCUUCCUGGGCUCCUUCUACCUGGUCAACCUGAUCCUGGCCGUGGUGGCCAUGGCCUACGACGAGCAGAACCAGGCGACCAUCGAGGAGGCCAAGCAGAAGGAGCAGGAGUUCCAGGCCAUGCUGGAGCAGCUGAAGAGACAGCAGGAGGAGGCGCAGGUUGCCGCGGCAGCAGCCACGGAGAGCGGGGAGUACAGCGGGCGAGGGGGCCCCGCCUCCGAGUCGACCUCGGGGACCUCGAAGCUCAGCUCCAAGAGCGCCAAGGAGCAGCGUAACCGGCGGAAGAAGAGAAAGCAGAGGGAGGAGGAGGAGGAGAGGGGGGGCCGCGACAAGUUCCACAAGUCUGAGUCCGAGGACAGCAUCAAGAGAACCAGCUUCCGGUUCUCCAUCGAUGCCAACAGGCUCUCUUAUGAGAAGAGAUGCUCCUCGCCCAACCAGUCUCUCCUCAGCAUCCGCGGUUCCCUCUUCUCUCCCCGGAGGAACAGCCGCGCCAGCCUGUUCAGCGUCCGCGGCCAGGCGCGCGACGUGGGCUCCGACAACGACUUCGCCGACGACGAGCACAGCACCUUGGAGGAGAGCGACAGCCGGCGGGGCUCCCUGUUCCUGCCGCGCCGCUGCAGCGCCGCGAGCCAGACCAGCCUCGGGGCGCCGCGGGGCAAGAUGCGCUGCGCCGUCGACUGCAACGGCGUGGUGUCUCUGGUGGGCGGGGCUUCUGUAACCGCCUCCCCGGCAGGGCUCCUGCUGCCCGAGGGAACGACCACAGAUACCGAGCUCAAGAAGAAGCGGCGGCCGGGUUUUCGCAAGCCGUCCAUGGAUUAUUUAGACGAACCGGUGAGCCGGCAGAGAGCCAUGAGCGUGGCCAGCAUCCUCACCAACACCAUGGAAGAGCUGGAGGAGUCCAGACAGAAAUGCCCGCCUUGCUGGUACAGGUUCGCCAACACCUCCCUGAUCUGGGACUGCUGCCCCGCGUGGCUGAAGAUCAAAGACAUCGUCAAGACGGUGGUCAUGGACCCGUUCGUGGAUCUGGCCAUCACCAUAUGCAUCGUCCUCAACACCCUGUUCAUGUCCAUGGAGCACUACCCCAUGACCAAAGAGUUCAACAGCGUGCUCUCCGUUGGAAACCUGGUGUUCACGGGCAUCUUCACAGCGGAGAUGUGCUUCAAGAUCAUCGCCCUGGAUCCCUACUACUACUUCCAGGAGGGCUGGAACAUCUUCGACGGCAUCAUCGUCAGCCUGAGCCUGAUGGAGCUCGGCUUGUCCAACGUGGAGGGCCUGUCGGUGCUGCGCUCCUUCAGACUGCUGAGGGUCUUCAAAUUGGCCAAGUCGUGGCCCACUUUGAACAUGCUGAUCAAGAUCAUCGGCAACUCGGUGGGGGCUCUGGGGAACUUGACCCUGGUGCUGGCCAUCAUCGUCUUCAUCUUCGCCGUGGUCGGCAUGCAGCUGUUUGGCAAGAGCUACAAGGAGUGCGUGUGCAAGAUUUCCGACGACUGCCAGCUGCCGCGCUGGCACAUGCACGACUUCUUCCACUCGUUCCUCAUCGUGUUCCGGGUGCUGUGCGGGGAGUGGAUCGAGACCAUGUGGGACUGCAUGGAGGUGGCCGGGCAGACCAUGUGCCUGAUCGUCUUCAUGAUGGUCAUGGUCAUUGGAAACCUGGUGGUGUUGAACCUGUUCCUGGCUCUCCUGCUGAGCUCGUUCAGCGCGGAAAACCUGGCGGCGACCGACGACGACAGCGAGAUGAACAACCUGCAGAUCGCCGUGGGCCGGAUCCAGCGGGGCAUCGCGUUCAUCAAAUCCACCGUGCGGCAGUUCCUCCGGCGCCUCUGCGGGAAGAGCUCCGGUCCGACCGAGGAGAGCAAACCGCUGGACGACCUGCACAGCAACGGCAAGGGCAACUGCAUCUCCAGCCACGCCACCGUGGAGAUCGCCAAGGAGCCCGGCGUGGCGUACGUGACGGACGGCGACGGCCGGCCGGGAGGGGGGCCGGCGGUCGGGGAGGACCCCGCGGGGAAGAACCCGACGGAGGAGCGCGACUACAUGUCGUUCAUUCACAACCCCAGCCUGACGGUCACGGUGCCGAUCGCGGUCGGCGAGUCGGACUUCGAGAACCAAAACACGGAAGACUUCAGCAGCGACUCGUCGGACGUGGAGGACAGCGGAGAGAAGGUCGAAGUGGAGCCCCAGCGUCUCCUCAGCUCGUCGGAGGGCAGCACGGUGGACAUCCGCCCCCCUGGAGACGGGGCGGAUUCGGUGGAGAUGGAGCCGGAGGAGUCGAUGGAGCCGGAGGCCUGCUUCACGGAGGGCUGCGUGAGCAGGUUCCAGUGCUGCCAGAUCAAUGAGGAGGAUGAGCAAUUUAAGAACUGGUGGACACUCAGGAGAACCUGCUUCAUCAUCGUGGAGCACAACUGGUUUGAGUCCUUCAUCAUAUUCAUGAUCCUGCUGAGCAGUGGAGCACUGGCGUUCGAGGACGUUUACAUCGAGGAGCGCAGGACCAUCAAAACCGUGUUGGAGUACGCAGACAAGGUCUUCACCUACAUCUUCAUCCUGGAGAUGCUGCUGAAGUGGGUGGCGUACGGCUUCGUCAAGUACUUCACCAACGCCUGGUGCUGGCUGGACUUCCUCAUCGUAGACGUGUCUCUGGUCAGCCUCGUAGCCAACGCCAUGGGCUACUCUGAGCUGACCGCCAUCAAAUCUCUGAGGACGCUGCGAGCCCUGCGGCCCCUGAGGGCCCUGUCUCGGUUCGAGGGCAUGAGGGUGGUGGUGAACGCUCUGCUGGGCGCCAUCCCCUCCAUCAUGAACGUGCUGCUGGUCUGCCUCAUCUUCUGGCUCAUCUUCAGCAUCAUGGGCGUCAACCUGUUCGCGGGGAAGUACUAUUACUGCGUCAACACCACCACGGACAAGAUCUUCCCCAUCGACGUCGUCAACAACAAGACGGACUGCCUGAACCUGGCCAACGACGGCGGCCGCUGGAAGAACGUCAAGAUCAACUUCGACAACGUCGGGGCCGGGUACCUGGCUCUGCUGCAAGUGGCCACGUUUAAGGGCUGGAUGGACAUCAUGUACGCGGCCGUGGACUCAAGAGACGUGGAGGACCAGCCCAAAUACGAAGUGAACUUGUACAUGUACCUGUACUUUGUCAUCUUCAUCAUCUUCGGCUCCUUCUUCACCCUCAACCUGUUCAUCGGCGUCAUCAUCGACAACUUCAACCAGCAGAAGAAGAAGUUUGGAGGUCAGGACAUCUUCAUGACCGCGGAGCAGAAGAAGUACUACAACGCCAUGAAGAAGCUGGGCUCCAAGAAACCACAAAAACCAAUACCUCGGCCGACGAACGCGUUCCAAGGCUGCGUGUUCGACUGCAUCACCAAGCAGGCCUUCGACAUCGUGAUCAUGGUCCUCAUCUGCCUCAACAUGGUGACCAUGAUGGUGGAGACGGACGACCAGACGCCGGACAUGGACCGGAUCCUGUACUGGAUCAACCUCGUCUUCAUCGUGCUCUUCACCGUGGAGUGCGUGCUCAAGAUGGUCUCUCUGCGCCACUACUACUUCACCAUCGGUUGGAAUAUAUUCGACUUCGUGGUGGUGAUCCUGUCCAUCGUCGGCAUGUUUUUAUCCAAAGUGAUCGAGAAGUACUUUGUGUCCCCGACGCUGUUCCGGGUGAUCCGCCUGGCCCGGAUCGGCCGGAUCCUCCGCCUCAUCAAAGGGGCCAAGGGCAUCCGGACGCUCCUCUUCGCCUUGAUGAUGUCGCUGCCCGCCCUGUUCAACAUCGGCCUCCUCCUCUUCCUCGUCAUGUUCAUCUACGCCAUCUUCGGCAUGUCCAACUUCGCCUACGUCAAGCGCGAGGCGGGCAUCGACGACAUGUUCAACUUCGAGACGUUCGGGAACAGCAUGAUCUGCCUGUUCCAGAUCACCACGUCGGGCGGCUGGGACGCGCUGCUGGCGCCCAUCCUCAACAAGAGGGAGCCCGACUGCGACAGCCGGAUGGAGCACCCGGGCAACGGCUACCGGGGCGACUGCGGCAACCCGUCGGUGGCCAUCUUCUUCUUCGUCAGCUACAUCAUCAUCUGCUUCCUCAUCGUGGUCAACAUGUACAUCGCCGUCAUCCUGGAGAACUUCAGCGUGGCCACGGAGGAGAGCGGCGAGCCGCUGAGCGAGGACGACUUCGAGAUGUUCUACGAGGUGUGGGAGCGCUUCGACGCCGACGCCACGCAGUUCAUGGAGUACGGCGAGCUGUCGGCCUUCGCCGACGCCCUGGACCCGCCGCUGCGCAUCUCCAAGCCCAACCUGCUGCAGCUCAUCUCCAUGGACCUGCCGAUGGUGAGCGGCGAGCGCAUCCACUGCCUGGACAUCCUGUUCGCCUUCACCAAGCGGGUGCUGGGCGAGAGCGGCGAGAUGGACGUGCUGCGCGGCCAGAUGGAGGAGCGCUUCAUGGCCUCCAACCCCUCCAAGGUGUCCUACGAGCCCAUCACCACCACGCUGCGCCGCAAGCAGGAGGAGACGGCGGCCGCGGUCAUCCAGAGGUUCUUCCGCCGCCACGUGAUGCGUGUGGCCGUGAAGAAGGCCGCCGCCCUCUACAGGGAGCGGCUGAAGGAGGACGGCGCGGGCAAGCUCUCGGAGAACUCCGCCUCGGACAAAACGUCGGCGGCGACGCCGUGGAGGGCGUCGCCGCCGUCCUACAACAGCGUGACGAAAUCGGACAAGGACCGGUACGAGAAGGAACAAAGGGAAAGACCAAAAGAAAUAGACUCAAGACUAAUAAAGGAACAACAACAACAUGCAUCGGAGACAAAGGGAACACAUUGUUUACAGCUUCUAAAGGGAGGGCGAGACGUCCGCUUGUUGUGACGUGAGGAGCCAGGUGGGAGCUGAUGUCACAUGACACACGGGAGCUGAUGUCACAUGACACACGGGUCUUCUUGAGCGCCUCUCGUGUGCGUUUCCUCUCGACACACUUGAGUGUCCUGUUGUCUGUAGCUAGAGCUGCUGCUACUAUGAAUCCAGUGUCUUGAAUUUAACAAUCGCCGUAUCACUAAACAAGUACUCUGCAUUUGGGGGGGGGGGUUAGCUCUUCUUUUUAACGAGAAAGAAUGUUUUAUACUUUUCGUUUUUUUGCUUUCACUGUUGUAAAAUCGUCGACGCCGAGAGCUUCGACCGGCGGGCGAACGCGGUCAGUGACGGCCGACUCGACUUCCCAUUUCAACGGUCACGAUGACAGGAAGCUGAAUGUACGCAAGGAGCGAGACGUCUAAAGGAACCCUUUGACAUCUCGGGGAAUAUUCUUAGAUCUUUUUUUAAAAUGUGACGCUCGAGUCCCGUUAGCUUAACUUAUCCCAAAAGACGGGAAGCGGCCUCGCGCCUCCGGAGCCUCGAGCGCACACACGGUGCGGCGCAACCUUCUCCGGAUCACCAGGGGGCGCACAAACAAAACAUGCAGCUAAGAAGCAGGAAGUCAACCGGUGUAACACGCAGCUCCUCAAGGAGGAAUUAACGAAUUAACUGUAAAUUCACGUGUUGCAUCGGAUUUUUAUCCCUUUUUAUGCAUCACUUGGUUUAAAAAAAUCAUAUUAAGUAAUUUUUUAUUUUAUUUACAUUCUUGAUUUAAGUUAUUUCAGCUUUUUUUGUUGUGCCUGAAAAGCGGCGCAAGAUUUAAAAAUAAUUUAUUUUUAAACUAUCGCGGCCCCCCCCCCCCAAAAAAAACAAUCUCUAACUGCCCUCAGGCGACAACGCCCCCAUCCUGUUCAUCACGCUGAUCUCAAGCGCCUGUCGUCCCACCUGAGGAGGACAGGUGGUUAAUGUCGUGGUUUGUGUCUCUGGGCCCUCGGUAUGCAUCACACUUACAUUUGAUGUCAGAGCACUUUCUAUCCCCACAGAUGUGUAACACCUCGUGUUGUCCUACGUGUGUGUGUGUGUGUGUGUCAAUGUCGGCGUCCUAUCUCUGCGUGUUUGUGGUUGCUUAUGUUCCACUGAUUAUAAAUAACGUUUAUAUUGUA